CAACUAAACCACCAGACAUGCGCUCAUUAUCAUUGCCUUUGCCUGUCGCUCUUUCUUUGUUGGGAAGCGCCUGUGCUUUCCAAAUCCCAUUUCUCUCUACCCCUGACAAUCACCCUGGCAAACACAACACCAUCUUCUCCACACCGACGCCAGCGACCCCUGUCACCUCAGAUGAGCUUGAACAGUUAAUUAACCCCGACAACCUCUUUAGGCGGGCCGAGCAGCUCUUCGAGAUUGCGAAGCUCAGCAUCGAAGAAUAUGGUCAUCCCACUCGCGUGAUUGGUAGUAAAGGGCACCUUGGGACCGUCGACUAUAUUUACUCUACCAUUGCGGACCUGGGCGACUAUUACAGCCUCUCCAACCAGACUUUUGCGGCCGUGACGGGCAAUGUCUUCGAAUCUCGUCUUGUGCUCGGGCACGAGGUUCCGAAGUCCGCGGCCCCGAUGGGCCUUACCCCCCCAACAAAAAACCGCGGCCCAGUCUACGGUCAAUUACGACUCGUCAGUCAUUAUGGGUGUGACGAACACGAUUUUGAGUCCGAUGGGAAGGGGCCUUGGAUCGCCCUAGUGAGCAGGGGGAUAUGUCCCUUUGGCACAAAAUCAGCGAACGCAGGCAAGGCUGGCGCCAUCGCAGUAAUCAUCUACAACAAUGAGAAAGGCGGCGUCUCUGGUACUCUUGGCCAGCCUUCUAAACAUCAUGUCGCUACGUUUGGGAUAUCAGACACAGACGCUGCUCCAUAUAUCGAGAAGCUGAAGGGCGGACAUCCCGUCGACUCGAUCGCAUUCAUCGACGCCAUAGUCGACACCAUUAGGACGACCAACAUCAUCGCGCAGACGCGAGGUGGCGACCCAGAGAACUGCGUCAUGCUUGGUGGACAUAGCGACAGUGUUGCAGAGGGCCCCGGAAUCAAUGACGAUGGGUCGGGCUCGAUCAGCCUCCUUGAGGUGGCGACGCAGCUUACGCGGUUUUCUGUCACAAACUGUGUUCGCUUCGCGUGGUGGGCGGGUGAGGAGGAGGGAUUGCUGGGAUCGGAUUACUACGUCGCUCAGCUCAGCGCCGCCGAGAACCAGCGCAUCCGGCUGUUUAUGGACUAUGACAUGAUGGCGUCGCCCAAUUUCGCCUUCCAAAUCUACAACGCGACUGAUGCAGUGAACCCAGCGGGAUCGCAACAGCUACGUGAGCUGUACGCAGAUUAUUAUGAGGCGCAAAGCCUGAAUCAUACGCUCAUACCGUUCGAUGGGCGGAGCGACUACGACGCUUUCCUACGCAGCGGGGUCCCGUCUGGGGGUAUCGCCACAGGCGCAGAAGGCAUCAAGACGGCGGCUGAGGCAGAGAUGUUUGGCGGCUCGGCUGGUGAAUGGUUUGACCCAUGCUACCACCAGCUCUGCGACAACCUAUCGAACUUAGACAUGGUAGCGUGGGAAGUUAACACGAAGCUGAUCGCGCACUCGGUGGCGACAUACGCGCGAACGCUCGAGGAUUUUCCAAAGAGGGCAGAUAACCUCGCAGCAAAGAGCAUGACAGCCCCGAGAAAUGAAGUGUAUCAUGGGCACAAACUCAUCAUGUAGCGAACCUACGUAGACUACUUAUAUAUAUUCGCGUGACGCUCAACAACCCUACGUACUAUACUGCUGCCUUUAUCUUGAUUACAAC